GAGGUUAACAACAAUACAUGAAGAAAUGUCAGCUUCGGAUAGCAGCCGAGCCCGUGUGCUAACCGGCUUGACCCUAGACGACGUGUUAGCGAACCAGAAGAGACCUUCCUCCACGCCGCCCAGGGAACCACAGCCCAAGAACCGAACCCUACUUGACAUCAUCAAAGACGACGAAUCCAACAAAAAGGAUCGCAGAUCUUGGAAAGCCUUCAAGGACAAGCUUAGGCUAAAGCGCGCAGGGUCUGCUUGGAUAUCGACAAUUCAUAUCCCUACUUCGGAUGUCCCUAUUCCUAACCCGAAUAGUAGAAUCUUUACGCAGCUUGGUCGCCGUAACUCGGUCCGAUUCCCCACUCAGGCGCUGACUGAGACUCCGGCUAACUCCGAAUCGGACAUCUCAUCUCCCUACAUGACUCACCAGGUGGAGGACCUCAACCCCGCCACUGAAGACCCCGGUCCUCCGGCCGCCGCAGCUCCGGCAAUCCGCCCCUCGUUUAGCCGCCGCGGUUCCACCCGCUUCACCGGCGAAGCCGCCGAGAACAACACCGCCGGAACCCUGCGGCCGCAGCUCUCGUUGCGGAGCUCGGCCAACAUGCCGACGGCGGAGCCGUACCGGCGAGGGCGGGUGGUGACUUUCCGCGACAGCUUCGACGAGGAGGAUGGGGAGGAGGAGGGGGAGAAGCCGGGGGAGAGGACGCUGUCAGCGAGGGAGGCGGUUGCGGCGCAGGAGGCGUCGGAAGCGGCGGCGCAGGAGGCGGAGGAUGAGGAGCAGGCGCCGGUGAUGAUGUCGCUGAUGGACUUGUUAGAGGAGACUGAUAGGGAAAUGGGGCUUGAAGGAUCAAGGUAUAUAUUGAGUGAUGAGGAGGAUUUUGAUGAGGAUGCAGAUGAUGAAGAUGGAGGAGGUUCCAUGGAGCACACUUGCUGUAUUUGCAUGGUCAGGCAUAAAGCUGCUUCUUCUAUACCUUGUGGCCACACUUUCUGCAGGAUGUGUUCAAGGGAGCUUAUGGUUAGUAAGGGGAAUUGCCCACUCUGCAACAAUUUCAUUUUGGAGAUUCUUGAGAUUUUUUAACUUUUCUUUUUAAUCAUUUCUAACAAUUUGUUGUUCUUUUCUUCUUCUUUUUUAACUUUUCUCUGUUCAUUUUUCUGGUUAACUGUUAUUGAUUUUGUCGUAAUAUACCAUACAGAAGAAUUUCUAUCUUCUAAAAUUCUUACUUUUUCUAUUCAUGAAUGGAGCUGAAGAUUUCCUUGUAAUUUAUGAUCCUGAUUGGCUUAUGUUGCUUAUUCUUCGGUAUAACAAUUGAGUUUAUAUAUUGGGAA